CGGGCGGGCGCCCGCCGGGGGAAGAUGGAGGCGGGCGGCCGGGAGCGGUGAGAGCCGCGGGGCGCGAUGCUCGCCCCGUUCGGAGCUCCCCAGCCAUGUUCAACCAGCAGCAGUUCCAGCAGCAGCUGCUGCAGCUCCAGCACCUCCUCCAGCAGCAGCACCACCACCCCCCGGCGCAGCAGGGAGGCCGUGGUUUGCCGCCGCCGCCGCCGCCACCACAACAGCAACAGAUGCUGAGCUUACGGGCAGCAAAUCAACCAUCCCUACUCAAUGCCAAUCCUAUGCUUCAGCGGGCCUUACUCAUGCAGCAGAUGCAAGGAAACCUGCGUGGAUUUAACAUGACAGCCCCAGCACUGCAGCAGUUUUUCCCUCAGGCUACGAGGCAUUCCCUCCUAGGGCCUCCCCCUGUCGGGGUCUCAUUAAAGCCCACUCGUCUGGGUUUCCCCAACCUUCCCUUCCAGCGGCAGAACCGGAUGUUCCGCAAGGACUUCCAGAGGCUCCCUGACAGGAAGCGGGAGCUGGAUGCAGGUUCUUCAUCUCACAUGCAUGGUGAUGAGAAAAUAGAAUUUAGAGGGGAACUGCGAGCAGGGUCAGAGCAGAACAACUCCCUGUCCACAGAACCAAGAACUCCAGCAGAAUCUAUGUUGAACACUGAGCCUGCAGCAAAAAGACUGAAGAGUGUGACUGAAGAGUCUGCUUUAGAGAAUGCAGCAGGCAGCAAGGAAGAGUUGAGCACCCACGUCCAAGCUGAUGGUACAAAUAAUGUAAAGCAGUACGCAGCUGAAAGUCUCUCUAAAGAGAGGAAAUUCUCUGAGGAACCGAAGGCUCCUGAGGUGUUGAGCUCUGGAGGUUCACUGAAAGUGACUAUCCAGCAGAGCAGCGAGAGCAGAGCUAUCAGUACAACAGCUCUGAAACCAGGGCAGUGGACCUGCGAGAUGGGCACAGCUGAUUCCAACCCUGAAUCAGCCCUUAAAUUCUACUGUUACAUCUGCAAGACCAACUGCUGCAAUCAGCAGAAUUUCCAAGCCCACAUGGCUGGAAUUCAGCACCAGCAGCGACUUGGGGAGAUUCAGCACAUGAGCAAUGUUUGUUUUGUUUCACUACUGCCUAUGGUGAAGGAGCAGAAGUUGCUGGCGGAGAAAGAUGGAGAGACCCAGCAGCGGUGGUGUAACACGUGUCAGAUACACUUCACAGGGGAUCUGAUCAAACAUCGCAGGACCCAAGAACACAAGCUGGCCAAACGCUCACUUCGUCCUUUCUGCACUGUCUGCAGCCGCCAUUUCAAGACCCCCCGCAAGUUUGUGGAGCAUAUGAAGUCUCCUGAGCAUAAACAGAAAGCCAAAGAGGUGAGACUGGGAGAGAAGGAAUUGGGCAGCCCAGAAGAUUCAGAGGAGUUGAUCACAGUGGAUGCUGUUGGCUGUUUUGAAGAUGAUGAAGAGGAGGAAGAGGAGGAGGAAGAAGAGGAGGGAACUGGUGAGGGAGAAGACCUUGAUGUAGUGCUGGUAGAGAAUGAGGAUUCUGCUGCCAAGCAGAGUGGGCUGAAGGAAGUGUCUUUGGAGGAUUACAAAGGAAGUGAGAAGUAUUGCCCAGAUACAGCCUAUGGCCUGGAUUUUCUGGUCCCCGUCGCAGGUUACCUCUGCAGGCUGUGUCACAAAUUCUACCAUAGCGACUCUGCUGCCCGGCUCGCACACUGCAAGUCCCUGAUGCAUUUUGAGAACUUUCAGAGAUACAAGGUAGCAAGGCAUCGUGCCACUGCUGCCUGUCCGGAGGCUCCUUUGCAUUCCCAGGGCUCCAGCUCCCAAUUGCUAGAUGAUCAGGAACAGCCUCCUGCUACAACAGAAGAUAGCAGCAAGAAGAUGAAUGCCAAUCAUGGGCUAGACAAGGAGGGUACAGAGCUGUCAGCACUGCAAGAACAAGCUCUGAGGUCUCCAGAGGGUAAGGGCAAGCUGGCCACCUCUGUAGCAGAGAGCAAAAGCCUAGCCAGCAUGACUGAUGUGUGUGAAAUCAUGGUUGUAGAAGAAAGCCUACAGGAGAGCAAAUCCACUGCCACUUGCCCGCUCCCCGAAGAGAGCAGCGCCGCAGGGGAGUUGCUGGGACACGCUGUGUAUGAGGAGGAGGAAGCCAAUGCAGCCAGGCAAGGGGAAGGCACAGAGCACUGCCAGGAUCCAGGGAGCGGAGGGGGGUUGGGACAGAAAGAGGCAUCAAACGUAAGCCAGGAGGCAGCAGCAGAGCCCUCCUCCCUUGCCAAAAGUGAGACUGCCAGUCUUACCUCUGCUGGGUGCAGACGCUCUUCUAGGCGCAAACCCAGAUAGAGUGGCCUUAAAGGGAGAGAGAGCCCUUUACACACCAUAUUUGCUGGAAAUGUUUAUUUUCGGAGUCUUUUAAUAGAGCAAAAACCUUCAACUUUACUGCUGUUUUUAUUUUAAGAAUAAAAUAAGCCUGGCUUUAGCGUGUCUAA